GUUAAAGGUACUAACUGGUCUUUAAAUGCUCAAUGAUUUUCUACCUUGUAUUGGUCCUUUAAAUCCUCUCUUUUGGGAACUUGCUAUUCAUCAUUCUCUCAUGGCUCUCCAUUGCAUGUUUUUCACCGGAAAAAUUCCCCUUCUUACUCCGUUCUUUUGCAUCUUAACCUUUAUCAUUGUCCUGAUCACUCCACUCUUGAGCAUCUUAAUCGUUGUUGUUGUCAUGAUCGUCCGCCUGGUGCUGUGGCUUGCUGCAUUGUUCGACCGUCACAUGGCCAGAUCUAGCGCUUCCACGCCUCAGCCUCCCAACCCUUUGCCUGACCAAGGACUCGAUGAAAUGAUUAUCUGUUCGCUUCCUAGCGUCUCGUACAAUGCAGAAGCGGAUGCAAGACUAGCAGAAUGUGCAAUCUGCUUGAUGGAGUUUGUGGAUGGAGAUGUCACAAGGGUGUUGCCUCAUUGUGGUCACGGAUUCCAUGUGAGUUGUGUUGAUAGGUGGCUGAGGUGCCACUCUUCGUGCCCGUCUUGUCGCGGCAGUGUGGUUGCGGAAGAGGGGUGUUACAAAUGAAGUUGGUAUCGAGCUCAUGGAUUCGGAGUUUGGAGCUCUGAUAAGAGGGAGAGGAAAAUAUAGAAAAACAGAUCAUGUAAUUGGCCUGAAUCAUUAACAGUUUGAUUCAAGCCGCUGCAAUUUUCAUUCAAUUCGAAGCAAAUGUAAAAUUUCGACAUGUAAAUUAGUAAAGCAAUCACCUUUCCCA